GUCCAAUCCUCGCAGGUCAUGGGAGGAGUCUGUCGUUCACCCACACACUUUAUCGCGUGGAAAGAGCGGUGCAGUUAUAUGAGGCAAAAAUCAGGAAGCAUGUAAUGAAAUUGGUUUGUUUCAAAUCUGUAGUGCUGAAUUGUUGUCAUUUUAAAAGAAGAAUCAUAAUGUAAGCGUUUGAAUAGGAAAGGAUCCAUUGAGAUAUGCUAUCUCGUUCACAACAAGGAACUUCUACAUCCUGGCUCCUGGGAUUCAACUUCACUGGCUUUGUGGUCGCUCUCUCAGUGCGCAACAUAAGAUCCCAAACACUGGACUUUGAAGAAGCAGCUGGCUCAGCAGAAAUUAACUGACAGAUCGCUGCAGUCCAUGAGAUCCAGGCUCUGAGAACAGACGCUGCAUAAGGCCCCAGUCCUGCUGCCGACAGCAUGUUUGGAAUCCACCACAAUGCCCUGGCCUAUGCCAUGACCACGCUGGGUGCUGGGAUGAUGAACAGCAUUUUCAGCUUCUACUAUGUCAAGCUGUUUUUGAACAAGUACAAGAUCUCCGAGGGAGCUUUCCACCAAUCACAAGUUGUCUACAUGAUCUGGAAUGCAGUGAACGAUCCCUUAUUUGGAUACAUUCAGGACAACUCCAGAGUCCCCUGCUGUUCCAAACGGAGGCUGUCUAUUCUUUAUGGGGCUCCAUUCUAUGCACUGACCUUCCUCCUUGCCUGGUUUCCAUGGAGAUCGUACGAGGCAGGCGAUUGGCUGAGCGGAGUGCACCUCAUCGUGGCCCUGUGUGCCUUUGAUGGUAUGCUGACCUUCGUUUUGCUGGCCCAGUGCUCUCUCUUUGCGGAAAUCUCCACCCAUCACGAGAACAGACUGACACUCAUCAAGUACAAUCAGGUGGCCUCUCUGAUCGGCUCCUCCAGUGUCUUGUUCUGCGGACUGGUGUCAGAAAACAUGGAGAACUUUGGUUACUUCCAGAGCUUCACGGUGGUGGUGGCUGUGCUGGCUUGCACCUGCAUGCUCUACACAGGGUUCUAUAGCCUGAGCCCGUAUGACCGCCUGGGGUCACAGGGCACUGGCGAGGAGGGACAGAGAGAUGAGGCGGCCCUGUCGUUGUCUUCGGUAUUCUGCAUGACCAAGCAGAUCUUGACCCAGAAGGACUUUAUGAUCUUUGUCACCAUGAACUUCUUCCAGGUCUUCCUCCUGGCUUUCUGCAAUAACUUCACCAUGAUCUUCGCGGAGCAUCUCAUCCCCCAGAACGUCCUUCCUUCCUUCGUCAAGAGCAUCAUGUACGGAGCUGGGUUCAUCUGCCCGCAGCUCCUAGUUCUGAGCAGCCAGAACCUGCUGAGGACUCUGGGAUACUACAGAGUCAUCAUGUUCACCUUCUACGUGGAAGCUGGGGCUGCAGCCGUCAUGUUCCUUUUGGGGCCUCAACACUACUACAUCCUGGCAUUGUUUCUCACUGGAAACAUGGUGCUGAUCCAGGCUUCGUUUAGCCUGUUUAAUUUACCUUUGGCUGACAUAAUUGAUGCUGACCUUUUCAAGCACAAACGCAGCACCCCACUGUCCUCAAUGGUGUUUGGCACCAAUGCCCUCUUCACUAAGCCUGCCCAGUCCCUGGCUCCUAUGGUCGUGGUCAGUAUACUGAACCAGGUUGGCUACGAGAAGCUGGAGGACAUUGCUACCAUUUCUGAUCAAGGUUCUUUGCAGGAGCUUCAUGAUGUCAUGUUUUAUUUGGUGUGCCUGGUUCCUGUAUGUGUUGCAGCUCUACAGAUUUUGGCCUGGACUCCAUACUCAAUCAGGGAAAGCCACACAGUUGAUGCAAAAUACAUUGAGACUUAAGGACCGGGCUCUGCGGGAGCACUAAGGACCAAGAGGCAGACUGAUUUUGAUAACCACAGCAUCAAAGAAGUCUUCUCAAGAGGUUCAUUCGAACUGGAGGGUGCUACGUUUUAUUGUCAAUUUUAAAUUCUCUUUGAAAUAUUGUAAUAGCUAUUUUGUUUGUUGGUUGGUUGGUUGUUAAGAUAUAUCAAUUUUGUACUCAAAUUGAGUCAUUAAAGUAAUAAAUAUAUUUUCAAUUAAAAAAUAUAUAU